AUGUCUCUCAGUAUGCAAGAUUCUGGAAGAGAGCGCUGGGAAAACUCUCGCAUGGAUUGGCACGGCCCAUAUUCUCACGAACACCGAUCUGAACAAGAGGCUGAAUGCACGGCCGAUAGACGCGAACAAUAUCAUGGAGGCGAAGGCAAUAUCUCCCCGGAGCCAUCCCUCUCACACGAGGGCGAGUUUGGCCGAGUAGACCCCGCCGGCUGGUAUCCACACUACAAGCAAUGCAUGCAAUACUUCCUCGAGUCAAGCCAGUUUACCGCCAAUGUGCAGUCUGUGGCUGCCUUUGUCAAUAUCCGUCUGCCGGCGCAACGCCCUCAGGAGACAGCUAUGCCUUAUGUCUCUCUUCGACUCUAUGUGCGACGCCUCAUUAUUACGGCACAGGACUCUCCGACCACCUUGCGUGCAUUCUUUGGUGAUAAUUGGGAAGCUGGUAUUGGAUGUAUCUAUAAACAAGAGCGUACAAACUAUCUCUUCACAGCGAAGAGCUCUGGAUGGGCGUCGACCAAAGCUGCCUACGAUAUAUUGCCGGAUGAACAAACUCCGUUUCUGCGACCUCUGCGGGGCCCUUCCGAAGAGGAGAUUAGGGCGGCAGAGGCGCGAUGGAGUGAAUGGCUUGCAAUGGAAGAUUGGAUGGUGGGGACUCGCAGUCCCUGGUCAGGUGAUACUUAA